GGUUGAUUUCUAAGAACAUCACUUCCGGGUAUUUUCGAACAUCCAAGUUCUCGUUAAGCCGCGCGACACCAAAGACCCCCGAAGCAACUCGAUACCUUCAACCCACACGUCGACGACGACAACCCAUAGUUCAAGAUGCGUCCUACACAGAUUAUGCGCGGUGGCGGUGGCGAUGGCCCCAUCGGAAAGUACAACAAGUACCUCGGUGGCUGGGGUGGAUUUGGCACUCCCCAACAGAAGCAGAAGGGAAUCAUCACCUACAACGUCACCCCUAACCGACAGAGGCCGUUCGCCGGCGCAGGCCAUGCCGCCGUCUUCAACACCUGGCGCCGUUUCAAGGGACAGGUCCUUUACAUUGUUCCGCCGUUCGUUGCGGCCUACUACAUCAUGGACUGGGCCACACACGAGAACCACUUCCUCAACUCAAAGCCCGGCCGUGCCUUGACCGCUGCCAGGGAGGCCGAGGCAGCGAAAUAGAGGGUGAUCAACUGUAUUGGAAACGGAAUCGGAGCACUUGAUGGGCCCUGGAUGCGAAGGACGCUCGUGGGAUCCGUCUAUUGCCGACAAGACUUGUAUAUCAUUUCCUACUAGACUGGGGUAGACUGGAACAGAAGAAGCCUUUUUUUGAUUCUCA